AUGCUCAAGGAAUGGGUGGAGGAAGUGUAUCGACGACGAACACAGAUCAGUGGCUACGACCACGAACAGCGUGUGAACCUUGCGGGCAUCAAGGAGAUGCUGAAGGGCCAGGAAGCCGAGAGCGACAAGAAGAAGAAGAAGAAGUGCGCUGUACAGUAA